AUGCAUCGUCUUUUUGCUGAGCUGGAGCCAUCUUUAACCGUCACAGAGCAAAACCUGGCAGACCGAGUUCGGUAUAUCUUGCGCUCAAAUAUAUUUGAUGUCGCCGAACUCGAACGGCUACGACGUGAGGCUGUUCCCUCGUCGGAUGAGAAUGCUACGGCUGAGGAUGCGGCGCCACAAAUGGUAGAGCAACCCGCAAACGUGAAUACCCCAGUUGUGGUUGAUUCAAACGAUGAUGGAACAGUCGCCCAGGAACUGGAAUUAGAGCAUAUGAGGAGUACAUUGGAAGAGGCGAUUGUGGAAACGCGCAGUACGCCUGUCGAAAAUCGACCGCGACUACCAGCAUAG